UGGCACACUUGAGAUAAACUGUUCAAAGGAUAUCAAAGUUCAAGGGAUCAUUGGACCUUGCACGUCUUUGGAGAAGAAAGGACCUGCUGUUGCCAGCACUGUUAUUGGACAGGGGAAUUCUACAGCUUGGAAGAUGUGUGGCCUUGAAAAAAGUACUUGCUUGACUGUUUUCUUUGAUAUUUCAUCUAGUGAAAAAUCGGAUCCUUCAGGAAAUUUAAAUCCACAGUUGUACAUACAGUUUCUUACUAGUUAUCAGAGCUCUGAUGCCAAACAAGGUUGCAAGUUACAACCAUCACUAGAAGGAUCUGGUUUCCUUUUAGCACUUGGCAUGGUGGGGCUGUUUUGUUGGGUUGCAUUUUUGAAGUUCUGCUGGUUUCCUUUUAGUACUUGGAAGGUUGAUACUGACAGAAGAAUAAUGUCUUUGCAGGAAUUAGUACAAGGAUUUGAUCAAGAAACUGCAGCUGUAGUAAUGGCAAGGUUGAUUUCUUAUAAAAUGGAGAUUGAGGAAGGAUUUGAUGCCACACGGUGGUUGGAUCGGAACCUUAUUCGACUCUGUUCCAAAUUCGGUGACUACCGGAAGGAUGACCCAGCCUCAUUUACAUUAAAUCCCAGUUUUUCAUUGUUUCCUCAGUUUAUGUUUAACCUGCGGCGAUCACAAUUUGUGCAGGUGUUUAACAAUAGUCCAGAUGAGACUGCCUAUUUCCGCAUACUGUUGAACCGUGAGAGUAUAAUUAACGCAGCUGUGAUGAUUCAACCAUCACUAAUGUCAUAUUCAUUCAAUUCGUUACCUGCACCAGCUUUGCUGGAUGUGGCAUCCAUUGCCGCUGAUCGUAUCCUAUUGUUGGAUUCAUACUUCAGCAUUGUUAUUUUCCAUGGAAUGACAAUAGCUCAGUGGAGGACCAUGGGCUAUCAGAACCAGCUAGAGCACCAGGCAUUUGCACAGUUAUUGCAAGCUCCGCGUGACGAUGCUGAACUGAUCAUCCGUGAGCGGUUCCCUGUCCCAAGAUUGGUUGUGUGCGAUCAGCAUGGCUCCCAGGCAAGAUUCCUUUUGGCCAAGUUGAACCCGUCUGCAACGUACAAUAAUGCUCAUGAGAUGGCUGCUGGUUCAGACGUGAUCUUCACAGAUGAUGUGAGUCUUCAAGUGUUCUUCGAACAUCUUCAGAGGUUGGCUGUGCAAUCUUCUUGA